AUGCGGCUCUCGGUAGCUUCGACGGUUCUUGCCCUGGCGGCCGCGACUGCUGCUCAAUGGACGUUUUCGGAUGCGUCUGUUUCGGUGGGCAAGGCUAACAAGGUGGUUGAGAAGUUCACCGACUCGGCGCGCGUCAAGAAGACGGUCACUCUCGGUCCCAAGGACGCUCUCAAGGUGUUGCUGACGACAAAGGAGGGCGACAAGCCCAAGCGGCCGCACCAGGCUUUUCUGGUGGUCAAGGGCCCAUCUGGGCUGGAAGCACCGUUUCCCAUGGCGGUCAAGGAGAACGGCAAGGGAGUUGUUCAAAUUUCGCAAAAAGACCUCCCGGCCCAGCUGCUCGGCUCGUCGUCGGUCCUCGAGGCCAGCCUGAUUCUCGGCUCCGCCGGCCCGACCAAGGGCUCCGUCACCCCCGUCUUUGACGUCGCCAUCGAGCUUGACCCUCAAAACCCCGCGCCCAGCCCUGCGGCUCCGCUGAGAUACGGCAAGCUGGCAGAGAUUCACCACAUUUUCCGGGCCGACCCCAAGAACCCGCCCCAGAUUGUGUCGGCGGUGUUUGCGCUGGGUGUUCUGGCCACCGUGCCGGCUCUCUUUGCCGGGUGGCUUGCUCUUGGCGGCAACUUGUGCAACACCGGAAAAGCGCUCGGCAACGCACCGGUCUCGCACGCUCUCUUCUUCGGCUCCAUCGUCGCCGUGGAGGGCGUCUUCUUCCUGUACUACACCUCUUGGAACCUGCUCCAGACGCUGCCGGUGCUCGGAGUUGUUGCGGCGGUUGCUUUCUUCAGCGGGAUCAAGGCUCUCGGGGAGGUGCAGGGCCGACGGCUGGCAGGGCAGCGGUGA